GAAGACAAUAGUGACAACGGUGACAACGAUGACAACAGUGACAACGGUGACAACUGUGAUAACAGUGACAACCAUGACAACGGUGACAACGAUGACGACGGUGACAAUGAUGACAAUAGUGUCAACGGUGACAACAAUGAGAAGGUGGCAACUGUGACAACAGUGACAGCCAUGACAACAGUGACAACAGUGACAACGGUGACAAUAGUGACAAUAAUGACAAUAGUGACAAGGGUGACAACGGUGACAACUGUGACAUCAGUGACAAGAGUGACAACGGUGACAACAGUGACAAUGGUAACAAUAGCUAAACACAUUGACAAUGGUGACAAAUAGGAGAAUGGUGACAAUGUUAAAAACGGUGACAUCAGUGACAACCGUGAGAAUGGUGACAACAGUGACAAUGGUGACAACUUUGACAACGGUGACAACAGUGACAAUAGUGACAACAGUGACAACUGUGACAAUGGUGACAACGGUGACAACAGUGACAACGGUGACAAUGCAGACAACUGUGAAAACACUGACACCGAUGACAACAGUGACAACGGUCACAAGGUGACAACUGUGACACCAGUGACAACGAUAAGAAAAGUUACAACGGUGACAAGGUUUACAACGGUGACAAUGGUGACAACGGUGACAACAGUGACAACGGUGAGAACAGUGACAACAGUGACAAUAGUAACAACAGCUUAAACAGUGAAAAUUGUGACAAAUGUGAGAAUGGUGACAACGGUGACAACGGGGCUAACUGUGACAACAGUGACAAACGUGAUAAGCGUGACAAGGGUGACAACAGUGGCAAAGGUGACAACAGUGACAACGGUGACAACUUUGAGAAUAGUGAGAACGAUGAGAACAGUGACAACAGUGACAAUGGUGAGAACAGUGACAACUGUGACAAUGGUGACAACGGUGACAACAGUGACAACGAUGACAACGGUGACAAUAGUGAAAACGAUGACAACAAUGACAACGGUGACAGCGGUGACAAGGAUGACAAUAGUGACAAUGGUGACAACGGUCACAACAGUGACAACCGUGACAACGGUGACAAGAGUGAGAACAGUUAGAACGGUCACAACGGUCACAACAGUGACAACGGUGACAGCUGUGACAACAGUGACAACGAUUAGAACAGUGACAACAGUGUCAACAGUGACAACAGUGACAAUGGUGACAACAGUGACAACCGUUACAAUAGUGAAAACGGUGACAACAGUGACAACGGUGACAACGGAGACAACUGUCAAAACAGUGACAACGAUGACAACAGUGACAACGGUGACAACGAUGACAACGGUGACCAGGAGACAACUGUGACAACAGUGACAACGACAACGAUGACAACAGUGACAACAGUGACAACAAUGACAACAUUGACAGUUACAAUGACAACAGUUACAACGGUGACAAUGGUGACAAUAGUGACAACGGUGACAACCGCCUAUAGUGACAACGAUGAGAACAGUGUCAACGGUGACAACUCUGACAAUGGUGAAAACUGUCACAACACUGACAACGAUGACAACAGUGACAACUGUGACAACGGUGACAACGAUGACAACAUUGACAACGGCGACAACAGUGGCAACCGUGAGAACGGUGACAACGAUGAAAACGGUGACAACGGUGACAACAGUGGCAACCGUGACAACGGCGACAACGGUGACAACGGUGACAACAGUGACAACGGUGACAACUGUGACCACAGUGACAACUGUGACUACAGUGACAACUGUGACAUCAGUGACAACAAUGAGAACGGUGACAACGGUAAAACUGUCCUAUAGUGACAACAAUGACAACAGUGACAACCGUGACAACCGUGACAAGGGUGACAACGGUGAGAACAGUGACAACGUAACAAUGGUGAUAACAGUGACAACUGUGACAAUGGUGACAACAGUGAAAAUUGUGAAACCAGUGACAACAGUGACAAUGGUAACAAUAGCUAAAACAGUGACAAUGGUGACAAAUGUGAGAAUGGUGACAACGGUGACAACGGUGACAACAGUGACAACUGUGACAACGGUAAGAAGCGUGACAACCGUGACAAGGGUGAAAACCGUGACAAGGGUGACAAGAGUUACCACGGUGACAACUUUGAAAACAGUGACAACGAUGACAACAUUGACAACGGUGUGAACAGUGACAACAGUGAGAAUGGUGACAACAGUAAGAAAUGUGCGACAAUGGUGACAAUGGUGACAAUGGUGACAACAGUGACAACAGUGACAACCAUGACAAGGGUGACAACAGUAUCAACGGUGACAACGGUCACAACGGUGACAACGGUGACAACAGUGAAAACCUUCACAACGGUGAAAGCGAUGACAACGGGGACAACGGUGAAAACGGUGACAACAAUCAGAACGGUGACAACUGUGACAAAGGUGACAACAGUGACAAGCGUGACAAGCGUGAAAAGGGUGACAACCGUGACAAUGAUGACAAUAGUGACAAGGGUGACAAUGGUGACAACGGUGACAACUGUGACAAAGGUGACAACAGUAACAACGCUGACAACAAUGACAAAGGUGACAACCUCCUUUAGUGACAACGAUGAGAACAGUGAGAAUUUUGACAACUGUGACAACGGUGACAACUGUCACAACACUGACAACGAUGACAGCAGUGACAACGGUGACAACGGUGACAACGAUGACAACAGUGACAACUGUGACAACGAUGACAACGAUGACAACAUUGACAACGGCGACAACAGUGGCAACCGUGACAACGGUGACAACGAUGACAACGGUGACAACGGUGACAACAGUGGCAACCGUGACAACGUUGACAACGGUGACAACAGUGACAAUGGUGACAACUGUGACCACAGUGACAACUGUGACAACUGUGACUACAGUGACAACUGUGACAACAGUGACAACAAUGAGAACGGUGACAACGGUAAAACUGUCCUAUAGUGACAACAAUGACAACAGUGACAACCGUGACAACCGUGACAAGGGUGACAACGGUGAGAACAGUGACAACGUAACAAUGGUGACAACAGUGAUAACUGUGACAAUGGUGACAACAGUGAAAAUUGUGAAACCAGUGACAACAGUGACAAUGGUGAGAAUAGCUAAAACAGUGACAAUGGUGACAAAUGUGAGAAUGGUGACAACGGUGACAAUAAUGACAAUAGUGACAACGGUAACAAUGGUGACAACUGUGACAACCGUGACAAGGGUGACAAGAGUUACCACGGUGACAACUUUGAAAACAGUGACAACGAUGACAACAUUGACAACGGUGUGAACAGUGACAACAGUGAGAACAGUGACAACAGUAAGAAAUGUGCGACAAUGGUGACAAUGGUGACAACGGUGACAACAGUGACAACAGUGACAACCAUGACAAGGGUGACAACAGUAUCAACGGUGACAACGGUGACAACGGUGACAACGGUGACAACAGUGACAACCGUCACAACGGUGAAAGCGAUGACAACGGGGACAACGGUGAAAACGGUGACAACAAUGAGAACAGUGACAACUGUGACAAAGGUGACAGCAGUGACAAGCGUGACAAGCGUGAAAAGGGUGACAGCAGUGACAAUGAUGACAAUAGUGACAAGGGUGACAAUGGUGACAACGGUGACAACAGUGACAAAGGUGACAACAGUAACAACGCUGACAACAAUGACAAAGGUGACAACCUCCUUUAGUGACAACGAUGAGAACAGUGAGAAUUUUGACAACUGUGACAACGAUGACAGCAGUGACAACUGUGACAACGGUGACAACGAUGACAACAUUUACAACGGUGACAAUGGUGACAACGGUUACAACAGUGACAGCAGUCACAACGGUGAUAACGAAGACAACGUGGACAACGGUGAAAACGGUGACAACAAUGACAACGGUGACAUCAGUGAGAAUGGUGACAACUGUGACGAAAGUGACAACCGUGACAACGGUGACAAGAUUGAGAACGGUGACACUGGUGACAAGAGUGAGAACGGUGACACUGGUGACAACAAUUGCAGCAGUGACAACUGUGACAAUGGUGACAAAAGUGACAACUGUGACAAUAGUGACAACGGCGACAACAGUGACAACGGUAAGAAUGGAGGCAAAUGUCAAAACACUGACAACGAUGACAACAGUGACAACGGUGACAAGGUGACAACUAUGACAACAGUGACAACCAUGACAACGGUGACAACAAUGACAACAGUGACAACAGUGACAACAGUGACAACAAUGACAACGUUGACACCAAUGACAACAGUGACAAGGAUAAGAACAGUUACAACAGUGACAAGGCUGACAACGGUGACAAUGGUGACAACCCGUACGAAACGCGCAGCGCUGUUGCAGCGCUGCAGAAUGGCUUCAAGAAGCGCUGCAGUAUAGCUGCAAAGAGGCUGGCUGCAGCAGUCGCAAAUUUUGGCUGUUCGGGGCAGCGCUAUGAAGCCGUUUGAAAGCGAUAAGCAGCGGUUUAGCAGCAGUGGAAAGGACACACAAAAACGCUGCCAGCGCUGCCAAAUAGCUGCAAACGUGUACAAAAAUUCAAAGAAUUAUGGCAUUUGCCUAAACCGGCUUAGUAGCAGAGUAAAAAACACUAGAAAGUCAAAAUGCAUCUUAUACUUUAUUAGUAUCCACGCGUACACGUUACAAAAGCACGUGACAUAGAACAAAUCUGCAACAGUCUCGCUUUGUAAAUAUUUAGCAAUCACGGUCACUCAUCUGAAUGUAAGAACAGCCAUUAACAUGCAGACAUUGAUAAUUAUCUUUUUUAAAAAAUAAAGAGAAUAACAUCGAUUGUUCUACAUAAAGUUUACAUGCACAGCCAUUGGGCAAAUGAUAUUUUGAUUCGUUGCAACGGGCUAAGCUGGACAUUUCUCACCUUGACGUUUCGUCCAUGAUCCACGAUCUUCUACACUUUGUGCAUGAAAGAAAUCAACCCAAUUUUACUUUGGUCGUCGUUAAAUUUUACAAUAGACUAAGGAACGAACAUUACCACGAGCGUAUAUGAAUCUUGUAAGUGCGAACCCCAGCUGAGAUUCUUGUAUCUGCGUUGCUUGCUCUGGUUCGAUUCGUCGAUACUUAGCGUAGAAGUCACUGUUCAGUGCGUUGUUUGCAAAUACGUUUGAGCUGUUCCAUCCAAAAACUUCAACAGAACUUCCAUCUCGAAACAGAACUAGAUGCAAAAAAACUUAUAAUGUUUGCGCCUUUCAUUCAACGGUCGCAAAUGUUCUGUGUUUGUCUAGUGAUGUAAUGGGAUCUCAUGCAAAAGGACCGACCAAUUAGAUUACGGCCUAGAAUGUCUCCAGGGAAUUAGCGAUAACAUUCCCACACUCGCCGGUCACGGAAUGAAAUUUAUUGACAUCUUUAUUCCGAAAGCAUAGGAUUUGGAGGUUUAUUCAAUAAGUGAUCUUCUUUGCGCACAAGCUUACUCACAUUUCUUAGAGGUACAGUCAAAGUUUUCGCGUUAUAAAAGCCGUAAUCUGUGCCAAAGCUUUAUCUGGCGAUUCAUGUUAUUGACGCUCAAGAAAGUCAGAUCGACCGCAGCUAAAUUGUAGCGUUACUGCAGCUACUUCGCAGCGUUUGAAAGUUGGCAACUGCGCUGCAAAACCGCUGCCGAGAGCUUCAAAGAGCCUUCAAAGGCUGCACAGCGCUUUUGCAUCCCGCUGCAACUUGAAUGAAACUGCUGUUUGGCUUCUAAAAGGCUGCUGAACAGCUGUAAUUUAGCUGUACAGCUAUUUUGCAGCGAUUUUGUGGCGCUGUACAGCGCUGCAAGUUUCGUACGGGAAUAGUGACAAUGGUGACAAUGGUGACAAAAGUGACAACGGUGAAAAAAGUGACAACGGUGACAACAAUGACAACGGUGAUAACCUCCUAUAGUGACAACGAUGAGAACAGUGACAAUGUUGACAACUGUGAAAACAGUGACAAGGUUGACAACAGUGACAACGAUGAGAACAGUGACAAUGGUCACAACAGUGACAACGGUGACAGCAAUGAAUACUGUCUCAACGGUGACAACGAUGACAACAGUGACAACGGUGACAACGAUGACAACAGUGACAACACUGACAACGUUGACAACGUUGACAACUGUGACAACAGUGGCAACCGUGACAACGGUGACAACAGUGACAACGGUGACAACUGUGACAACAGUGACAACAGUGACAACGGUGAGAACGGUGACAACGCUAAAACUGUCCUAUAGUGACAACAAUGACAACCGUGACAAGGGUGACAACGGUGAGAACAGUGACAACAGUGACAAUUGUGACAACAGUGACAACAGUGACAACGAAGACAACAGUGACGACGGUGACAACAGUGACAAUGGUAACAAUAGCUAAAACAGUGACAAUCAUAAAAAAUGUGAGAAUCGUGACAACGGUGACAACGGUGACAACGGUGACAACACUGACAAGCGUGACAACCGUGACAAGAGUGAAAACCGUGACAAGGGUGACAACAGUGACAACGGUGACAACAGUAACAACAGUGACAACGGUGACAACUUUGACAACAGUGACAACGAUGAUAACAGUGACAACGGUGUAAACAGUGACAACAGUGACAAAUGUGCGAGAAUGGCGUCAAUGGUGACAACGGGGACAACGGUGACAACAGUGACAACAGUGACAACCGUGACAAGGGUGACCACAGUAUCAACGGUGACAACGGUCACAACAGUGACAACCGUGACAACAGUGACAACAGUGACAACCGUCACAACAGUGAUAACGGUGACAACGGGGACAACGGUGAAAACGGUGACAACAAUGACAACGGUGACAAGAGUGACAAUGGUGACAACGGUGACAAGCGUGAAAACCGUGAAAGGGGUGACAACCGUGACAAUGGUGACAAUAGUGACAACGGUGACAAUGGUGACAACGGAGAAAACAGUGACAAGGGUGACAAUAAUAACAACGCUGACAACAAUGACAACGGUGACAACCUGCUAUAGUGACAACGAUGAGAACAGUGAGAAUGGUGAAAACUGUGACAACGGUGACAACUGUCACAACACUGACAACGAUGACAGCAGUGACAACUGUGACAACGGUGACAACGAUGACAACAUUGAGAACGGUGACAACGGUGACAACAGUGACAGCAGUCACAACGGUGAUAACGAUGACAACGGGGAUAACGGUGAAAACGAUGACUUAAAUGACACCGGUGUCCACAGUGACAAUGGUGACAACUGUGACAAAAGUGACAACCGCAACAAAGGUCACAACGCUGACAACAGUGAGAACGGUGACACUGGUGACAACAAUGACAACGGUGACAACUGUGACAACGAUAACAACGGUGACAACGAUGACAACGAUAACAGCUGUGACAACAGUGACAACCGCAACAAAGGUCACAACGCUGACAACAGUGAGAACGGUGACACUGGUGACAACAAUGACAACGGUGACAACUGUGACAACGAUAACAACGGUGACAACGAUGACAACGAUAACAACUGUGACAACAGUGACAACCGUGAAAACGGUGAGAACGGUGACAACGGUGACAAGAAUGACAACAGUGACAACGAUGAGAACAGUGACAACGGUGACAACAGUGACAACGGAGAUAAUAAU